CAACAGAAAAUCUAAUAUCCAUUUCAAUUCCCUGUGUGUGAUGUGCUUGGAGCAUAUAUCAAUGGCGCAACAAAAAAGAUUUGCAUGCAUUCUUCUUCUUCUUCAUCUACUUGUGAUCCAACAACUGUUCAUUUCUGCGGCGUUUUCCGGCGGAGACCCCGCCGGGGACGGGUACAUCUCGGCCGCCGGCGAUCCGGGGAUGAAGCGGGACGAGCUGAGAUUGGCUAUAGAGGCAUGGAACCAAUGCAAUGAGGUGGGAGAAGAGGUUCCCAAAAUGGGAAGCCCCAGAGCUGCUGAUUGUUUUGAUGUCUUUAAAGAUUCUCCAUUUCAUCCCCAAGUGCCAAACGUGUUGGUCCACAGAGUGACAGAGAGGGAUAACAAGCUAGGAAUCGGCCGUUCUUUUCCGGGUUUGGGGCAAAAAGCAAUGUCCAAUCCAGACCUUUAUGCUUACCAGAAAGAGCUCUACUUGGGCUCGAAAUGUCAAGUGGAGGACACACCAAGGCCAUGGCAGUUCUGGAUGAUCAUGCUCAAGAACGGCAACAUGGACACAACGGCAGCAAAGUGCCCUAACAAUGGCCACAAAGCAAAGCCAUUCAAUGACACACACUUCCCUUGCUUUGGGAGAGGGUGCAUGAACCAGCCUCUGAUUUACCACAAUUACACAACUUUACAAGGGCAUAAUGGUAACUUCUCUACACUCAAAGGCAGCUUUUACGGAACGUGGGACUUGAACCCCACCACGGGUUCAGGGGAAACAGGAAAGAAAUCGUUCUAUUCCGUGGUGUGGGAGAAGGAACUUGGGAAGGGAAGUUGGAUUUUCCACCAUGUUUUGAGAACCUCGACGAAGUACCCAUGGCUAAUGCUUUAUCUAAGAGCAGAUGCCACGACUGGGUACUCGGGCGGGUACCAUUAUCCAACCAGGGGCAUGUUAAAAAUUACCCCGAAAUCGCCAAACUUUAGGGUGAGAUUCACACUAAACGUGAUCAAGGGAGGAGGUCCAUACAGCCAAUUCUACUUGCUUGACAUUGGGAGCUGUUGGAAGAACAAUGGGAAGCCAUGUGAUGGAGAUGUGACAUCAGAUGUCACACGGUACAGUGAAAUGAUACUAAAUCCAGAGACAGCCCCACAGUGCAAUGCUAAGGACAACAAGUUGUGCCCUCCAUAUCACACAUUCCCUAAUGGGACCAGAGUUCACCGGAACGACACUGCCCGUUUCCCCUAUGGGGCUUAUCACAUGUACUGUGCACCUGGGAAUGGGGAGCACACUGAGAAGCCUAAUGUCCCUUGUGACCCAUACAGUAAUCCCCAGCCUCAGGAGAUUUUGCAGAUUUUGCCUCACCCUGUUUGGGGUGACUAUGGGUACCCUACAAAGAAAGGGCAGGGAUGGAUUGGAGAUUCAAGAACAUGGGACCUUGACGUUGGCCGGCUAUCACAUUCCCUUUACUUUUACCAGGAUCCAGGGACUGCAACACUUACAAGGGAAUGGACAUCAAUUGACCUGGGAACUGAAAUAUAUAAACAUCCAAACCAAGUGGCAGAAUGGACUGUCACUGACUUUGAUGUUCUUAUUAUUCCCAAGGAAACUAAGAGGCAAUAGCUAUCCUCCAUGAUUGGUAAUUGUUACAUAUCACGUAGGAUAUGUUGAUUGAGUGUAAUAUAUUAUGUAGUCAUUA